AUGUACGACACUAUUUAUAAACUACAGGGCUGGCGACUACGGUUCCCAGCGAUGGAAUAUAUAGACUUUUCAAAUAAUAACAUAACGGUCCUUCCAAUGAUACGAGAUUACGGAAUGAUAGUAAAAAAGACAAGACCAGUUGGAAUAAUAGAUAUAAGACGUAAUAAUAUAUCUACAUUAACAAAAGGAAUGAUAGACUCGUUCUCCACUCACGAAUUUGUGAAAGUCGACAUUAGUGAAAAUCCGUUCUUAUGUGAAUGUGGAAUUAUUGAAGUAAUGAAAUAUCUAUCUACAAAGACUAUGCCAAAAGCUUACGAUUAUCUAGGGUCACUAGAGUGUGCAAAUCCCUUAAACGUCCGGGGCCGUCAGCUUUCGAGUCUGUCUUUUCAAGAACUAAACUGUAACCAGGAAACUGUAAUAAAUUUUCCAUUAAUUGUAAUGAGCAUCAUUGCAAUAACAUUGUUUGUCAUAAUUUUGUUGACGAUCUAUUUUAGAAAUCUGAUCAAGGUGAUUUUAUUCACUCGACUAAAUAUAAACUUCGAUUGCCAAUUCAGGAAUGACAAAAACGAAGAGAAAGAUUACGAUGCGUUCAUUGCCUAUAGCGAGAAAGAUGUCGACUGGGUUAUACGUACAGCUUUACCAAAGCUGGAGUCAGAAGAAUCCGGGAAAGCAUGUAGAAUCUGUCUUCAUCAUAGAGAUUUUAUAAUUGGUUAUACCAUAGCUGAUAAUAUAUUCAACAGUGUUGAAAACAGCCAUCAUACCGUCUUAAUUGUUUCCGAAGAGUUCUUGAAGAGUGAUUGGUGUAUGAUGGAAUUCCGAACGGCUUUGUGGAAAAGUUUACAUGACAAAGGUCCUUAUUUAAUCAUUGUGUUGAAGGAUACUGUAACUAUGGAAAAUAUUGAUCCUGAUUUGAAAAGUUGUCUUAAUUCUCAUACCUAUCUUAAAAUUGGAGAUGUAUUAUUUUGGGACAAACUGAAAUAUGCAAUAUCAUUUCGACAUAACACAAAACAAAGAAAUUAA